AUGACCCUGCUACUGCCCGCUGAAGUCUGGCAAGUUGACGAUCGAUCUGUCAAAAUCUUUAUUUUGUCCUUGGCUUUGGUGGCCGGAGUUAUGGCUGAUGUAUCCGAAUUGGGUUAUGACUACAAUGCCCCUGCUGCUAGUGGUGGUAGCUUUGCUUCCGGUGGUAGCUUUUCCUCCGGUGGCAGCUUUGCCUCUGGUGGUGCCAGCUUUGGUGGUGCUGUAGGAGGUGGCAGCUUCGCUGCUAGCGCACCUGCUAACAGUUACAUUCCCCCAGCUGCUUCUGCCCCUGCUCCAGUACAAACUUAUGCUCCUCCUGCUGCCCCUGCCCCAGCUCCAGUCCAACAUUAUUCUCCCCCAGCUGCUCCAGUCAACACCUACAUUCCCCCAGCAGCUUCUGCCCCUGCUCCAGUCCAAACCUAUGCUCCUCCCGCUGCCCCUGCCCCAGCUCCAGUCCAAAACUAUGCUCCCCCAGCUGCCCCAGCCAACACUUACAUUCCUCCCUCUUCCGGUGCUAGCUUUGGUGGUGCUUCUGCUGGUGCUUUCGGUGGUGCUUCUGCUGGUUCCUUCGGUGGUGCCUCUGCUGGUUCCUUCGGUGGUGCUUCUGCUGGUUCCUUCGGUGGUGCUUCUGCUGGUUCCUUCGGUGGUGCUUCUUCCGGUUCAUUCGGUGGUGCUUCUGCUGGUGCUGAUUUCGGCAAUGAUGGUUACCGUUACAAGACUGUCCGUCGUCGCGUCUUCCGCCAACGUGUCUAA